GGCAGCAAAGCUGCACUGCGCGAGCCUCACUGGUGCGUGGAGGAGCAGGGGCACCUUGCAGAGAAUUGUUGGCUGAGGAGCCAAGGAGAAAAUCCUUUGUUCUGAGCUGAGGGCUAUCGGCAAGCAACAUGGAAAGCUGCUGGACUGUGGCCGUCAGCUCAGAGCUGGCGUACACAUUCCCAACACUCGUGGAUCUCUCCGCCAAACAGAUUGUGGCAAUCUGGGAUGCUGUAUCAGAUUUCAUCCUGGAAAAGAUGAAGCUGAACAAGGGAGUCGUGGUUCCAGGACUCGGGAUCUUUGCUGCGGUCCAAGAGGAGUUCCACAGCAAAGAACUGGCGGUUCCAGUUAGAAGACCCGUCUUCGAGUUGGACAUUGGGGUGAUAUGGCUGAAGGAGCUCCAGUCCCCCAACGACAUCAUCCCUGAUGAUGUCAAGAUUGAGCCGCUCAACUAUCGGCAGCUCGGGGGCGCCAUCGGCAUCUCAAUGCACAGGGUGAAGCGCUGCGUACAGGAGACCGUUCUCUUGUAUUGGCACCUCCUGAAGAGCAAGGCUGACGUCUCCUUCUUCUUCAAAAACAUUGGUGUCAUGACAUGCCGGGACAACUUCCUCUGCAUGAGGUUUUUCCACAGCUGCAUCGAAACGCUGGAGAGCAAAUCCAGCAUAAUUGCAAUGCUCCACAGUAGAACUUGGCCAAAACAUUACGCUGACGUGGGGCCAGAGACCAUCGCUGAUGGGAUCCACAUGUUCCCGAGGUUUCAACUGACCGUGAAAAUGAGCAGAGAAGAGGCUGCUGCUUAUGGAGCGCGGAAGAUGAGUAGAGUGGGCCCUGGUGGCAGGCUGCUGCGGAGGCAGAAGUCAGUUCUCCCACCCAUGCUGUUGUUCUUCGAGUCAGACUCAAGGCAGGAAGAUGUGGCCAAGAAGCCUUCUGCCAGCGUGCUCCCACCAUGUGCAGGCAGCUCCCGCGGGACAAAGAAAGCAGGGCAGAAGGAAGCGUUGACUGCUGCCCAGACUCGCGAUGCGCUCCCUGCGACUGACGACAAUAAAAGAGUGCUGCAGGAGCUCCGGGAAGCGUCUGCAUCACGGAAAAAAGAAGACAGCACGAGGAGCAUGAGGCCUGUGUACCGGAAGGAAAUAGAGAAGGAACGGGCAAAAAGGGCGGCUUGCGAUGUGUGGAGUGCUGAGAAGGACCAGCACACACAGCAGCGCUUUGCCAGGGUAAGCGUGCAUGUUCCGCAUCCUCCAGCCCAGCCCAAGGGACAACAAGUGAGGAGGAGGUGGAGGAAGGAUGUGGAAGCUGUGCCAGGAGAUAGAUUGGGAGCAUCGACCAAGCUGGUACUGCAUGCUAACCUCCUUCCCCCACGAGCGGCUCAGGUGCUGCGAAAGUUGGAGCUGCACAUCCACCAACAAGAGUCUUUUGCCAGCGCAGUGGAAAAAAACCGCAAGAAGCUGGAGCUGAAGCGGCAGCUCCCCUGGUAAGCUCCAUAGGCAGCAGAUCCUGAGAGUCGGGCUGGAGCCCGGCCUGCACUACUUCCCUGCACUCAGCCCCUAACGCUCUGUGCACUGUUCUUUUCACCUCCCCAGUGCUCGAUGCUUGCGCCACUCCAAAGGGGAAGGUGCUGGCAACAGUGAUGACCACAGUGGAGCUCCCGGCACGGGGGCUGGGAAGAUGUCCAGCCUUCCACCUCUAAAUGGAAAACCAUAAAGCAAAGGCUCAUAGAAUGGCCUGGGUAGAAAAGGACCUUGCAGAUCAUCCAGUUUCAACCCCCCUGCUAUGUGCAGGGUCACCACACCAGGCUGCCCAGAGCCACAUCCAACCUGCCUUGAAUGCCUCCAGCGCUGGGGCAUCUACCACCUCUCGGUAGACUUUUCCAGCGUAUCACCAUCCUCCCUGUGAAGAACUAAUAUCUAACUAAAUUCAACCCCCCUUUCACAGUUUAAGCCCAGUCCCCCUUGUCCUAUCACUACACACCCACCCUCAUUUACAGCCAUUCCCUGUCCAGUUUAUAUCCUCCCUUCAAGAACUGGAAGGCCACAAUGAGGUCUCCCCGGAGCCUUCUCCUUUCAAAAGUAAACAAGCCCCAGUUCCCUCCACCUUCCAUCAAAGGAGAGGUGCUCCAGCCCGCCCAUCAUCUUAGUGGCCUCCUCUGUAUUCCACCCAAGAGCUCUGCAUCUUUCUUGUACUGGGGCCCUAGACCUGGACGCAGUAAUCCCAAUAUAAAU